AUGGAUACAUGUCCUCGUUGUGAUAGUACUGGAAAAUCCACCGACAAAACAGCCGAUUGCAAACCAUGUAAUGGAACAGGUACUAUUUCUGAUGAUCUCGCCUUAUGUUAUCGUUGUAAAGGUGAUGGCAAAUCCAAGGAGACAACAGCGGAUUGCACAGGAUGCGCUGGAAAAGGUACCAUCCCAAGUAGCGCUAAUAAGUGUAGCAACUGUGAUGGCAAUGGCAACUCCUCAGGAACUACAGCGGAUUGCAAUGCGUGUACUGGAAAAGGUUACAAAUAA